UUUUUCUAGACUCGACUCUCACCACGUCAGUUGAAGGUGGCUAAUCCUCCUUCGCUUGUUAGCCAGGAGCAUUGUACAGAAACAUUUAGUGCUUCUGGUUAGAAACGCUUUGGGGGAAAAAAAAAACCAACAACAAUGUAAUUCUUUAGCCAUUUUAAGUUUGCUAAUUAUGAACUCCAUGUCAUCAGCCCUGCACUCUGCUUCAAGCCCAGCAUGCAGAGCUCUACCCGGGGAGGGAAGUCAGGUCCAGCCCAAGGCUCCUCUCCUGCAGAUUCUUCGGGUAGCUGGAGCUCAGGAGGAGGUUUUCACUCUGAAGGAGGUAAUGCACUACCUUGGCCAGUACAUCAUUGUGAAGGAAUUGUAUGACAAACAGAGGCAGCAUAUAGUCCACUGUCAAGAUGAUCCACUUGGGGAGCUGCUGGAAGUGGAAAGCUUUUCUGUCAAAAGCCCCAGCCCUGUCUAUGAGAUGCUGAAGAGGAACUUACUCAUUUUGAACAGCUCGGACGCGGCAAAGAAUGUUUCAGUCGGCAAGGAUUCUAAUCAGUCUUCAUGUGAAGAUCCCGGUCAGGUAUCCAGCAAGAUGUGUAGUUCUGGAACAUCCUUCAGUGAUGCCAGUGCCUGUGUCAUGCAGAGUUCCUCUCAGCGAAGACCGCGAGAUGAUGAUGAUGACUCAUUAGAUGGGAUGGCCAGAUCAGCCUGUAAGCGGCCAAAGCUGGAUGUUAGUCUUGAUGAAUGGGACCUGUCUGGCUUGCCCUGGUGGUUUCUGGGUAACUUGCGCAGUAAUUAUACACGAAGGAGCAAUGGCUCCACAGACAUCCACACAAAUCAAAACACUGUGUUCAAGAACUUGAUUGAGAAGCAGUCAUCUUGUGGACAGGAGGAGGACACUGCUGUUGUGUCCGACACCACGGAUGACCUGUGGUUUCUGAAUGAGGCAGAGAGUGAGCAGGUUAGUGUGGAAAUGAAGGAGGCAGCCCUUGAACAGGGCAGUGACUCGGAGUCCCCUCAGGAGGAAGAGGAGCAAGGGAGGGACAGCAAACAGGACAAGGAGAUGCAGGAGGGGCUGGAUGAUGACUCGCAGUGCCUCAGUGAUGAUACAGACACAGAGAUCUCCACGCAGGAUGCCUGGCAGUGCUCAGAAUGCCGCAAGUUUAACUCUGCCACACAGCGCUACUGCAUGCGUUGCUGGGCUCUACGCAAGGACUGGUACAAGGACUGUACGCGCCUAGCACACUCUGUCUCAGUCCCCGAUCUCCCAGACUCCAAAGAUGAAAACGAGGAUGAGGACGAUGGCAUUGAUGUGCCUGACUGCCCAAGAACCGUUUCAGACCCAGUCAUCCUGCCCUCACACUGGGUAUCUCGUGAGUUACCUGCCUCACCUGCAUCUGCUAAGGGCAAAGCCCCACGCCGGAUGGUUCAGAGUUCCCAGGAGAGCCAAGAAGCACGUGAAGUCAUGCUGGAACCCUGCAGGUUGUGCCGUGUGCGUCCACGCGAUGGCAACAUCAUUCAUGGGCGCACGGCACACAUGCUCACCUGCUUCCCCUGCGCACGGAAGCUACACAAGUGUCAUGCACCAUGCCCGGGGUGUGGCCAGAUCAUCCAGAAAGUCAUCAAGAUGUUUGUAGCAUGACAUGCAGAAAGGGUUUGUAUGUAAAAUACACAUGUAUAAAGUACAUACAGAGGGCUCCAUAUCCAAAUGACCAAAUAGCAGGUUGCAUGUAAAAUAUACAAACACAAGCGUAUGUUAUGGUUCAUGUCUAACAAAUAAUGGUUUGCAUGUAAAAUAUAUUUAAGUUGUACAGAGCAUCUCUUCUGGAGGUGUACAAUACUGGAUAUAAAUGGUGCAAAAUUUGUAAAUAGGUUAUGUUCCUUCCAAACUGCAGUGUGUGUAUAUAAUGUACUGAACAAGGUAGCAUUUGUCAUGCAUGUCAUGAAUAUUUUUGUGAAGCUGGUAUCUUCCAUUCAUUAUGGAAGGAGAUAUACAUAUUUCUCUUCAGGUGAAGGAAGCGGAAGGUUUCGUACUUCACCACGUAUGUAGGAUUUUGAACGUACCACAAUGCACCAAGAAAACCAAUUCCUUCAUUAAAAAUACUUCUACAGGUAAUACUUCAUACCUAAAUACAUUUGCACAGAAGCUUGGCACUUGCCACCAUGGUGUAAUAUAAUUCACUAGGCAUUGGGUUUUAAGCUGACAAUUGUAUAAGUUAUUUAUUUAUGGACGUAAACUCGGUAUUGCAUGGGGUUGUCUUGUUUGCUCUCCAGUUAGACAAAGCUCUGCAUGUGAAUUGUGAUUGAACCACAGUUAUUCAUUUUACUUAUUUUUCAUUUAUUGGUGGGUAUUUUGGAGAGAAAGUCUUGACUCCUUUUUGGAUCACAGAGAGUAGCACUUUGUACAAAUUUCUAUAAAUAUAUUGAAUUGCUGUUAGCUUAAAAUACAGGUAUUACGUGUUUGCAAGUCUAUAACGGCCUAUAUGUCAUUGUCCUAAGAUGACUAGCCUGCAAAGCUUGAGGUUUCCUCAAAGUUUAGAUUUUUAGAUCACACAGGCUAAGAGGCUUCGGUUCUGCUCCAGUGCUUGGUGAAAAAUCAAUUCCUUUUUGUCAUCACCCUCAUCUCAAGUUGGAGUCUUGGCCGAGUCCGAGCAUCACUGGAGUGUGAACGUCGAGGAACAGGAUCUCUUGAGUGCCAUUUAAGGUCAUCCUUUUCCUAUUACACUGUGCCUUUAUGCCUUCUUUCAUGUCCUCAAUCGUUUGUAGCCUGUGUGU